AACUUCAAUUCAACUUGUGCAAUUCAAUAAAAUGGGGAGAGGAACAUCAGAAUCGGAAAGUGAACUGAGCAACUAUGGAGAUGCAUUUGAUUUAGACCACACAAAAGAAAUCAGACGAAAGUACAAUGAAUCUAAAAGACACAAAUGUGAUUACGAAGGAUGUGAAAAAACAUUUUACAGACCAUCCAAGCUAGAAGCUCACAAAAAACUGCACAAUAACGAGAGGCCUUUUGUUUGCAAAUUCGAUGGCUGCAGUAAAGCUUAUACAAAUUCAUCACAUUUGAAAAGACAUGUUCUAAGUUUCCACAGCAUCACUACUUCUCCUCCAUCCAUCAGAUGCCCUGAGCCAGGCUGUGGCAUGUUCUUGAAGACCAAACAGUUUCUCAACCGACAUAUAAAACGCAGGCAUGCUGAGUUACCGUACAAGUGCUCCGAGUGCAGUGAGAAGUUUAAACGUAGUCGUCUCUUGAAAGAGCACAUGUUUGUACACACCGGUAUUCAUCCUUAUUGUUGUGAGACUUGCAGUCGUGGCUUCCCGAAAAGAUAUGACUUGAAAAGACACCAACGGUGUCACAGAUCAUACACUUGUAACUCACAGUCUUGUUCGGAGACCUUUACUUCCAUGACUCUAUACAGAAAACACAUGGCUAAAAGCCAUAAGCCAGAUUAUACUUGUCAAGUGUGUGACAAGAAGUUCACAACACAUCCCAAUCUGAAAAUCCACAUGAGGGUUCUACAUUCUGAUCCUUCAAAGACUUGGAAGUGUGCAGUUGAAGGUUGCAAGCGAUCAUUUGUUCUAGAGAAAUAUCUGACACAGCAUGUAGAACAUGUUCAUGAAAAGUUGCAUGAAUACCAAUGUCCCAUAGAGGGCUGUGAGACAGUUUUGCAAUGGAAGCGAUCACUCUUCAAGCACGUGAAGCAGCAUAACACCAAAAGAACAAGGAAGCUUAAACAGAAACAAAGAGAGAGGAAGGACAAAGGAACACCAAAAAUAAGUUUGGCUGCAGACCUUUCUGGAGUAACCUUGACUCAAGACGUUCACAAUAAGCUAAUUAUGAAGGAUGUUGUAGAAACAGAUGAUGCUUUGAGUAUCGUAAGUGAAAACAGUGAAGUUUUAAAUACCAGUGUUGAUAAUUCGAAUAAUUCUAAUGUUCUCAAUUUAUCUCUAAACCCUAAAGAUAGCCUUGAUGAACCAUUAAAUUUGUCUCUGCAUAAAUAAAACAUUAUAAAAACCCCAAA